AAAAGUGACUAUAGAAAUACGACUGGUCAGGAUUGGAAGCCCACGAAUUCGGAGGCAGCGUCGAAAAAGGAAAAGCAAAAUUCUCCCAAGCCCGGAAAGACGUCGGAGAAAGAAGUUGCGAAACACGCGGAUAGUCAGGAUGCAGAUACAAGCAAAACUGGGACGAGAUUAGGACUGGAGGCGAAGAAGGAAGAGAACUUCUUUGAUUGGUAUUCGCAAGUUAUCACGAAGAGCGGAAUGAUUGAAUAUUAUGACGUGUCAGGAUGCUACAUUCUUCGUCCGUGGAGUUUCUUGAUCUGGGAGAUGAUAAAGGAGUACAUCGAUAAAAAGAUAAAGGCGCUCGGUGUUGAACCAUGCUAUUUUCCGAUGUUCGUUACUCGUGGCGCAUUAGAAAAGGAGAAGGCGCAUAUAACGGACUUUGCCCCGGAAGUCGCGUGGGUAACAAAAUGCGGCGAAGACGAUAUGGCGGAGCCCGUAGCUAUACGGCCCACCUCGGAGACUGUUAUGUACCCGGCUUAUGCCAAAUGGCUGAGGUCUGACACCGAGUUACCUCUUAAGCUCAAUCAAUGGAACAACGUUGUGAGAUGGGAAUUUAAAGAUCCCAAACCGUUUCUCCGCACCAGAGAAUUUUUAUGGCAGGAGGGUCAUACCGCGUUUGCUACGAAGACGGAAGCGGAGGAGGAAGUGUUGAUCAUUUUAGAUAUGUACGCUAGAGUUUAUGAGGAGUUGUUAGCGGUGCCCGUCAUCAAGGGUUGUAAGACUGAAAAGGAGAAGUUCGCGGGUGGCGAUUAUACCACUACUGUCGAGGCGUUUAUUUCAACUAACGGUCGCGCGAUACAGGGAGCGACGAGCCAUCAUCUAGGACAAAACUUUUCGAAAAUGUUUAAUGUCCAGGUAGAAGGUAUCGCGGAUGGAGAAAAAACGUUUGUCUAUCAAAAUUCAUGGGGUUUAACUACACGAACUAUUGGAGUCAUGAUAAUGGUACACGGAGAUGAUCGAGGUUUGGUAUUACCUCCAAAUGUAGCACCAAUACAAGUUAUUGUGAUUCCCUGCGGUAUAGUCGCAAGCAUGUCUGAGUCAAAGAAAAAGGAACUUCGAAAUGAAUGCGCCUCUCUGGUCAAGCAAUUGAAAAUAAAUAAUGUUAGAGUGCGGGAUGAUUUUAGACCUAAUCGAACACCUGGAUGGAAGUUCAACCACUGGGAGCUGAAAGGCGUACCAAUCAGAAUUGAAUUCGGUCCAAGAGACAUGGAAAGAAAUGAAGUAACACUAGUACGAAGAGAUAACUUUGAGCGAGAAGUUGUCAAAAGAGAUGAGUUAAUUUUAUCGGUAACUUGUAUGCUGAAAAAGGUGCAAGACAGCUUGUUACAGAGAGCGAAGCACAAGUUAGACGAGCAUAUUAAACAGGUAGAAAACUGGGACGAAUUCAAACUCGAGCUCGAUAAAAAGAAUUUAUUAUUGUCACCUUUCUGCGGAGAACCGGAGUGUGAAGAUAACAUUAAGCAACAAAGCGCACGAUUGAACACAAUGGACGGAACAGUAACUAUGGGCGCCAAGAGUCUGUGUAUACCAUUUAAGCAGCCAAAAUUGACGAAACCUAUCGAAAGUAUCGAUGAGUUGAAGCGUAUUUUCGAAAGUAACAAUGAGUUGAAAUGUAUUUACCGAGAUUGCGAGAACAAAGCGAAGUUUUAUACACUUUUUGGACGUAGUUACUAACGCAUCCAUAAAAGGUUCAUAUACAUAUAAUGUUUAAUAAAUUUUACUGAAAUUUUUGCAUGUAAGUAA